CCCAUUCAUGAAAUUAGGACUUAUUGACCCAGACUGAAGAGAGAAUGGCCCAGAAAUGUGUGUGCUGCUGCUAGAGUGAAACAAUAAAUUAUGAAUCAGGUAGCAGUUGAGGUCCAACGGGUUGCCACAAUAUGAAGCAAAUGAAAAUCCAAAAUAAUGUGAAAGAGGCUAGCACAAUGUUUUCAAUCAAAAAGCAAACCUUUAGUCGGAGUAGCUGGUACAUUAGAGUCUGGAGCAGUAAGGACUUUGGAAGAUGGGGGUCUUGGUUCACCUGGGUUAACUUUUUGCUUUGGGGCAUCGCGUAUACUAACAGGUGUACUUGUAGGACGAAUUGGAACACCUGCAGCAGUAAUGCAAUGAGAACGAGGAAAACGAAGCAGAGAUCAAUUUUAAAAAGCAAAAGUUUAGAACUUCGAUGGUUUCAUACCACCACCCGAACAGAUAUUACCCAUUGCAUUACGCGGCUCAAUGUUUAUCACCAAGAAUGAUAAAACUCUUUAUGGAGCUUGGAGCAAACUCUGAUGUGAUAUGCAUUGAUCAUGGGAGUAAGGAUGUUGGACUCACCCCACUAGAUGUGGCUCUCAAAACGGCAAUCUGCAACAACAAAGCUGUCCUUGAUUGGUCUCCUUCCGAGUCUAUCUUUAAGCUGAUCUUUUUACUUUGUCUCCUGGAACUGAGCCACUAGAGGCCAUAAAGUUGCUUGCUUUCAAAACUGAAGAGCUUCAACAUAUGACGAGUAUGUCCUUGGCACGAUGUGGAAAACUUCUGGAGCUAUGUGUUUUGCUUAUGGUGGCUUGGGAAAAGUUGUUAAAUAAAGCUAAUGCUGAUGAAAGCCCCCCAUUAGAACGAUGCAUGAAGGAAGAGUUACAAUGGACAUUUGUUGAGAAGGCUAAAAUGUUUUCAAUCAAGUCGGUGGUGUUCUUGACAAGUUUCGUCUUUCAGAAAGAACAGAGAGCCCCCCCCCAUUCAGCCAAUGGAUCGUCACGAUCUCGCGGUAGAAUUUGCUGAUUCAUUGAGAGCAGCCGGAUUCAAGUUGGAAAUUAAGGGCACACAUGAAGAUAUAAGAAAGGCUUAAGAAGAAAGUGCAACCUGCGGCUCCUUCUUCUUUGGUGAGAGCUUCAGUUUCAUUGUAGAAAAGUAUCAUGGAAAAUGGUUGUUUUUUUUCACUUUCUCAAUUUGUUCUUUCUCUAUGUAAGAAUGCUAGUAUUUGGCAUUAAAUCUGAUAUUUUCCGGCGGGUACAUGUCAGAUAUGGAAUGACCUCCCUUUUACUGGAACGAUUUGUUUGACUUG